CCAUGGAAGUUUGCUUCCAUGAUGGAUUUUUGACUUUGUACUCAGCUCCUGAAAAAGCGACUUCCUGGGUUUUCUCUUCCCUCCUCCGGUUUUGCAGCGGCAGGGCUGCUUCCUGUCAAGAGCGGCUCUGCCCCGGCCCCUCCUGCAGACUCUCCACCUCCUCCUUCUCUUUCUUUCAAACACUUAGUACAUUUAGAGCCUGAUCUUGUGCAGAAAACAUCCCUGACAUGUGAAGAGCCCCGGGGAUUCAGUGAGCAUGCUCCGCGCUCCCUCCCGCUGGGAAGAGGAAGCUCGUCCACAUACGAGUCAUUCCAGGCAUAGUCGGCGUGUCAGCGCAGUGAACUCGCAGCGGGCUGUGAGCGGCGCGAGCGCGGCUUUGUCCUAGGAAAUGGGCUUCGGGUUUUCCUUCCUUGCUCCUUUCUUACGUCGAAGAAAGACCCGUAAAGACUUCUGAAACGAUUUUUAAAUGCUCCAUUGAGGAUCCAGGACGUAUACCGUCUGCCCACGAACCCUUGAAGGGUUUUCUGCAAGUUCGAUUUUGUGUGCGUUUUUUUUUUUUUUUUUUUUUUCACUUUUACUUUGUUUUGAUCCGAGGCUGGGCCUCCGUCUUUGUGAAGUUUAAGAGAAGAGCCAGGAGCUGCUCAGCACUAGUUGAUUUUGGAAACGUACUUUUUCGGGGCGAAAGCAAAGAGCUGGUUUUCUGUGCUAGCCCAAUAAAUGCUAUUUAUGAAGAUGGACCUGUUGAACUACCAGUACUUGGACAAGAUGAACAACAACAUCGGGAUUCUGUGCUAUGAAGGUGAAGCUGCCCUCAGGGGGGAGCCCCGGCUGCAGACCCUGCCCGUGGCCUCGGCCCUCACUAGUCACCGCACGGGGCCCCCGCCCAUCAGUCCCAGCAAGAGGAAGUUCACCGUGGAGCCCGGCGACGACGAGCUGGACUGUGAAAGUGACCAUGCUUCCAAGAUGAGUCGCAUCUUCGCCCCCCACCUGAACAAGACGGCCAACGGGGACUGCCGGAAAGACCCGCGGGAACGGAGCCGCAGCCCCAUUGAGCGAGCCGUGGCCCCCACUAUGAGCCUGCACGGCAGCCACCUGUACACGUCCCUCCCCAGCCUCAGCAUGGAGCAGCCCCUUGCACUGACCAAGAACAGCCUGGACGCUGGCAGGCCGGCCGGCCUCUCGCCCACCAUGACCCCAGUGGAGCGGCAGCAGGUGCGGCAUGACCAGCACCUGCAGGGCAGGACUCCUGGACGUGACCACGGGCCAGGCCCCCACACCCAUCUCAGGCGAUGCUCCGAACGCCCCUCAGAACCGGCCCUCGGUGAUCACGUGCGCCUCCGCCAGCGCCCGGAACUGCAACCUCUCCCACUGCCCCAUCGCGCACAGCGGCUGCGCGGCCGGCCCGGCCAGCUACCGGAGGGCCCCGAGCUCCGCCACCACCUGCGACCCCGUGGUGGAGGAGCAUUUCCGCAGGAGCCUGGGCAAGAACUACAAGGAGCCCGAACCGGCGCCCAACUCCGUGUCCAUCACGGGCUCCGUGGACGACCACUUCGCCAAAGCCCUGGGCGACACGUGGCUCCAGAUCAAGGCGGCCAAGGACGGCGCGUCGAGCAGCCCCGAGUCAGCCUCUCGCAGGGGCCAGCCCGCCAGCCCCUCUGCCCACAUGGUCAGCCACAGCCACUCCCCGUCUGUGGCCUCCUGAAGGGAGCACCGCCCUCCAACGCCACGUCCAUCUGCAUGGUUUGCCUGAGCUUCGAACAGUCAGUGCUUAAAAAAUGGAAAAAUGAAAAAAAAAAAUCGUGGGGGUGGGGGGAGGGAGGGAUGGUUUAUUCGCAAAAACCACGUCGUCGGGAUUUUUGUUCUUGUACUUGCUUGGUAUCCGUACCCGGGGCCCUCAGACGUGAUAGCAGCACCUGCGUGUGGAACCUCUGUCCGCUGUCGCCCCCCAGUCCCUGCCUUGGUUACCAAAGAAGCCUCAAUGCAGGUCAGCUGCCCGACAGGGCCUGGACUCCACGGCUUGCGCUUUCUUAGUCACAGGCCAGGCCACUGGUGACCCAGACGCUUUGUGCUUUUUCAUUUGCUUCUCGAGACCGGGGCGUGUGCGGCUUAGCUUCCAGCCCACGUGUGUGUGUGCGCUUGUGUGUGUGCGUCUACUUGAAGAGAACAGAACUGUCGUGUCUGAUUUGCACUAUGGGAGGAGGACUCAAGUUGCCUGCCUGACAACUUUGUGCGAGAUGAUAGUACUCUGAGGGCAAACUGCUGAAAAACGGAGGGUUUAAGGAUGACAUUUCUGACCAUGGGUGUGUUUUUCUGUUGUUGUAUUAAUUUAGACAAAACUGCUUUGGAAGGGGAAGUCUCAUGCAGGUUUAUAGGUCUUUCUCUGUCUAGAUUUUCAGGUGCUUGCAACUGGACUGCAGACUCUACCAAUCACGGGCAUUUUACCUUUUCUAAACACUGCAGUUUGUUAGACUAGAGCUGAAGUUGGAGGAUUCUGUAGUGCUUUAAACGUGAUGCAUGUUUUAAUGGAUAAAAAUAGCUGGUUUCUAUUAAUUGUAUAGACAGUAAACAGAAAGCUUAAAUACUUACUAGCUUCUUUUCAGAAUUCGUUUAUUUUUGUCAGUUACAGUCCUAGAUAUACUUACUGCUGGUACAGUUGUACUCUAAGAUUUGUGUUUGAUAUUCACGUUACUCCCAAGUAGCGUGGGGCCAGUCGGCCCCUGGCAGGCCCUGGACGCAGGCGGGCGAGCGGCUGGUCAGCUGCAGAGUGGGACGCUGGAGUUGUGGCUGCAGGCUGACAGUAUCAGUUAUUUUUUUUUGCAUCCCUGUCUGCUUCUUAACUCGCUCCCAGGGCAGUUGGGACUCGUGUCUUCCGACUUCCCUCGACGCAGAAACUGCUCCCUUUGAACUCGUGGCUGAACAGCAGAUUGCUGACAAUCUGUGAGAUGGUGUUUUGUAUGCUUCCUCGUACGCUGGGGCCAAGGCAGUAUACAUUCCUCUGACUUUAUACAGUUAUUACUGCAUUUAUUAUCGUUUGCUAUAGUAAUAGCUACUAACUAGAAAUUAGGUGAAGAAGAAAGCAUGACAGACCCAGCUGUGGAUGUUCGACAGCUGCUCUUCUUUCUGGUAAACGUUUCUGUGCCCCUGCCCCUCCCCUGUGCUACUACCCUCCAGCCUUGCCCACCACAGGGCCUGAGCAGUCACCUGGCCAGGUGACUCGGGCAUGACCACCUCACCCGCGAGGCACCGUGGACUCACCGGAGCUCUCGAGGCUGGUUGUCAGUGUGAGAAAAGUACAGGUUCGCUGGUUGGCAUUGGUGAACAGGCAGGAGGAUGGGCUCUUGUGGCCACAGGGUGGCUGUAGGUAUUUGAAAAGGCGGAGGAAAGCCUCCCCUUUUGCCCCCCCCCGCCCCCGCACACGUUUCCCUCCCACUUAACUGGGCUUCCAGGCUUCUGCAUUCAGGCCCCUAUAUUUUCUGUAGGAAAAAUCGUUGAGAACACUUUUUUUAUAUAGGUAACUUUAAGACCAUCAUUACGCUGUGCGUAAAGAAUGUACAGAGAAAUUUGUAGGUAUUUUUUGAAGAACAAUUAAUUUGUUAAUGAUAUGUAGCUAUUUAAUUUUUCCCUUUCCUAUUGUAAUCAUUCAUAUUUUUUUGUUGUUUGGAAAAAAAAGUUGAUCUUUUUUUUGUCGUAGAUUUGUCUGUAAAAGUGCAGGAACACAGUUAUUCUAUGAGAACACUGCAUCUGCCUUAAUACCCACUAGUUUGUUAUCGCUACAGGCUACUGAGCGUCGCCCCAGGAAAACAACCCCACUGCCGGCGGCUCUGUGCAGAACGGGCUCCUCGCACACCCGCGUCCACCAGCGAGGCCAUCGCUUUGCGAGGGACGGUGGCACUGAGGGCCAGGUCCCUGGUGCGCUGACCUAUCUGGGAUAGGCAGCACCUGGGAGGGGCCUCGGGCAGGAAACCAAACGGUCACCAGGAAGGGACACUCCCAGGCCUCGGGGAGCACAGAGAGGUUCUUCACAGAGCCAGGCCAUCUGCAGUGUGUUCUGACCAUUCUCUCCAUGUUUGUAAAUCUGUAAUAUACCAUUCUCUGUGGCCUGUUUUUCCUGGAAGAAGAAGAAAAAAAAAGGUUUGGCAGGCCAUCUUUUUUUUGUACUUAAAAGUAGCCUUAAGAACAAUAAUAAAGUGCUCUUAAACCACA